AAUGUAACACAAUUUGACAGCAUCGGGUGCUGAUACAGAAAUGUGGGGGAAACGGUGUUAACAUUUACUUGAAUUCCGUGCAAAGUCAGUGAAGUUUAGAGUUCUACGGGUGAAAAUACAUGAGCAAUAUGUCUGCGGGUAAGAAAGGAAGCACGAUCUUCUCUGGAUUCAGGGCGCUGGGGAAUUACUCGAAUCAUCUGGCGCACGUGCUUCGCUUCCAUAAGAAACACAGAGAGUUCUAUGUGGUCACUGCAGUCGGACAGUGUUUCCACACAUAUAAUGUAAAGAAACUUGGAAUCGUCGCAGUCAGUAAUGCCCUGCCAGAAGAAAUUUCAUCCCUGGCGGCAGAUCGUAUGCUUGUCUAUGCUGCAUAUGGAAAACUUAUCUCAGCUUUUGCAAAAAGCAAAGAGGUUGUUAACACAUACAAAGGCCAUCAAGCUGAUGUUCACUUACUGUUGCCUUUUGGAGAUCAUCUCAUUUCUGUCGACAAGGACAAUGUUGUCAUUAUUUGGGAUGUCGCGUCUGAAGACACAUACCUGCAGAUUUCAUAUGACAAAGCAUCAUUUGAGGUCUCUGCACUGAUGCACCCGAGCACCUACCUGAACAAAAUCCUGUUCGGAAGCAGUCAAGGGAGUCUUCAGUUAUGGAACAUCAAAUCAAACAAACUCCUGUUCACAUUUCCUGGAUGGGCAUCUGCUGUAACUGUUCUUCAACAGACUACAGCUGUGGAUGUUGUGGGUGUGGGUUUAGCAUCUGGCCAGAUCAUCAUGCACAAUAUCAGAUUUGAUGAAACACUGAUGAAGUUCCAACAAGACUGGGGUCCAGUCACAGCUUUAUCCUUCAGGACAGAUGGGCAUCCAAUAAUGGCAUCUGGCAGUCCUAUUGGACACAUAGGGCUGUGGGAUUUAGAGGAGAAGAAACUAGUCUGUCAAAUGCGAGAUGCUCAUACAACAGCCAUUGCCGGCCUCACAUUUCUUCAAAAUGAACCCCUCCUGAUCACUAACGGAGCGGACAAUGCCAUACGGGUGUGGAUUUUUGACGUUUCCGGAGGAGACGGCCGUCUUCUAAGACAUCGGAUUGGUCACAGCGCCCCACCAACAAAGAUUCGACACCAUGACCAGAGCGGCUCUCAAAUUCUUAGCGCAGGUCAAGAUGGUACUUUGCAGUCAUUUUCAACUGUUCAUGAAAAGUUCAACAAGAGUUUGGGGCACGGCACCCUCAACAAAACAAAAGCUAAAAAAAAAGGUGUGAGGAACGACAUAGAAAAACUUCCGGCCAUCACAACUUUUGCCUCAGAAACGGCUCGUCAGAGUGACUGGGAUGGCAUUAUUGCAUGCCACCGUGGUUUCCUUAUGACUACGACGUGGAAUUACCAGAAAGGUUCAAUGGGUGCUCACAGGUUGCAGCCUGAACGCCUUGACAGGAACCUUAUCGUCAAUGUUCACGCAACCGCUGUGGAUAUCACCUCCUGCGGGAACUUUGCAGUGAUUGCACUAUCUUCAGGACACAUUGAUGUGUACAACAUGCAGUCUGGUUUUCAUCAAGGAUAUUACGGAGAGGACAAGGCUCAUACAGGGCCUGUGCGUGGGGUCGCUGUGGAUGCGCUGAACCAAUUGACUGUUAGUGUGGGAGCAGAUUGCCUUCUGAAUAUCUGGAAGUUUAAAUCGAAGGAGCUGUUACAUACACACAGCCUGCCAGCCACCCCUGCUUCAUCUCAGCUUCACAGGGACAGCGGGAUGCUUGCUAUCGCGCUGGAUAAUUUUUCAGUUCACAUUCUGGACAUGGAAACUAGGAGGAUUGUUCGCAAAUUCUCUGGAAAUCGUGGGCAGAUAAACGACAUGACAUUUAGUCCAGAUGGACGUUGGCUGAUUACAGCAUCUAUGGACUGCACCAUCAGAACAUGGGAUCUUCCAUCUGGCAGUUUGGUCGACUGUUUCCUGGUAGACGCGGCAGCCGUCAGUCUCAGUAUGUCCCCUACCGGGAACUUCCUGGCCUCUUCGCAUGUUGACACCCUAGGUGUUUACUUAUGGUCCAAUAACACACUGUGCAGUAUGGUGUCAUUGCGCCCUCUACCUGCAGACUAUGAGCCGACUGUGAUCAUGCUGCCAGGCACCUGCCCAAGCAAAGAAACAGAAGAAGAGGAAGGUUUAGACCUUGACAGUUCUGAGAUGGCUGAGUACAUUUCACCAGCACAGCUGGAUGAACAUCUGGUCACACUCUCACUGCUUCCUGACUCGCGCUGGAAGAACCUGCUGCAUCUGGACAUCAUCAAGAAAAAGAACAAACCCAAAGAGCCUCCAAAAUUACCCAAAGCGGCACCCUUCUUCAUUCCCACCAUUCCAGGGCUGGUGCCCCAGUUUGCGCAACCAAACACACCCUCAGAGGGCCAGUCUAAAGUUGUCAACUUGGGAGUGUUGGCACAGAAGUCCACCUUCUACCUUCAGCUUGAGAACUCGUUAGACAGCAACUCAUACGAGGAGCCAGUGAAGCUGUUGAGAGAGUUGGGCCCCUCUGCCAUUGAAACAGAACUUCGGGCCCUGUCUCCAGAUAUGGGUGGAGAUGUCAGAGUUAUGCAGAGUUUCCUCAAGAUGAUCCGCUGCAUUCUUCAGUCCAAAAGAGAUUUUGACCUGGCUCAAUCCUACCUUGCAUUGUUCCUCAAGCUUCAUCUUCGGUUCAUCGCAGACCAGCCGGAACUGAUGGAGGAGGCAGAGCGUGUGUCGAAGAACCUGGAGGAGAUGUGGAUGUCCAUGCAGAUGCUCUUAAACCAGAACAUUUGUCUGUUGUCUUAUAUCAAGAGUGCACUAAUAUAAAGCACCUUUUUUCAAUGUAGAUCUUUUGCAUUUCUGAGAAUCUUGUUGACUGACUGUGUCAGACUAAAUGUUCUUGCUCUAUUUUGUUAAUGCACAUUAAAAGUAUUCCAAAUCUA